UGACGAGAGUCUUGUUUCUUUCCGUGCUUAAAGGGAAUUCCUGGUCAUCUCCAAGCCAACUUUGAAGAACUGGUGAGUCAGCUUGCACUGGCGACAGUGAGCGUGGGAGCUUACCUGAAACGUGGCGAGUCUUUCAAACACUCCUCAAAGUCCAGUAUGAUUGUCAUCUUGUGCUUUCAGCGGUGGAAACAGAUGCGAUCCCUGAUGCGCUCGGAUCCGAACCUUCCUGCUUUUAAAAUCCCUCCCGCGACGUUUGGGUCAUUCCUCUACGGUGCUCAGAAGUUUCCCACACAUUAAACAGUGUGACCUUAUUCCGCCUGAAUGAGCGGAAGUAGCGGUGGAUUCUUUAAUGUCAUCUCAUCGACGACGAGUGGAGGCGUCUUGUCAUGUCCACUGAUGCCGCAGGUCCCGACUGCAAGUGUGUGUAGCCCAACCUCUCACACCGCCACACAGCCUUCUGCACUUCCGGGGUUUCAAUUGAGACGCCAAUUAAAGCGGCACGAUGGUGUUUUUAACUUGAGCAAUGGCGUUCGUGAAAAUGUUGCUUGUCUUUUUUGCUAACGGAGCUUUUCCAUCUCGCUUUGUUGUUGUUAUUGUUGUUGCUAUGUGUGGUGUCUGCGCGUCGACUCACCACUUGCAGACUCUUGGGUGUGUAUAACUUGUCUGGCGACUUUUUUUGUCACUGAGAUAACUGCCCUAAUGCUCAGUAGAAGAGUUUCAUAGCUUGAUAGAUAACGUAGUUUUCCCACAUAUACGUUGCUUUUAAGACCAAAUUGAUAAGUAUCUCAAUGGUCAUGACGCUCCAGAUUCCAUUGCUGGACAUGUCAGCAAAGAUGAACCAGAAUGAUGUACAGAAAUGAAUCGACAAAGUGAUCAGCGCAGAUCAACUGACUACCGGAUGGUGGGAAUCAAGUGAAAAUCUUGGCACUAAAUUUGAUAUUUCUAGUGGCCUUAGUUGCUUUAAAACACCAAAGGAAUGGAAAGCUAUGAAGCAAACACUCCCAAGGGUCUUGACUUAAUGCAAGUUGACAGAUGCAUUAGAUCGAACAGAAUGAUUCCUCACGUCUGUAUCACAACAAACUGGAAGCUGAUGAAGGGUGUUGCGGACAAAAUGCCAAGUUUAUUUCCUGCUUGUACAUGUGUGCUGGUCAAGCUGUAGUUGUUUAAAUCAAGGCACAGCCAAGCUGAGAGUUUACUGUGAAGCACCACCCCCUUAACCCUGACACUAGUCCCUGCUCUGAACUGACCCUGAGACAGCUGGAGGCUUGUUUCUAGACUUGGUUACACAUCGCCUAUGGAGAGUGUGGAGAGAGUCGGUGCACUGCGAUGGAGGUCCAUUGCAGAUGUGUGAUCUUAAGGAUUCGUUGUUGUGCCACUGUCCUCUGUCCCAUUAUGUAUGUUCCAGAAAAGUGGGAUCCAACCGUCUCUUAGCGCAGAGCCACAUUGUUUUACUUUGUUGCUGAAAAGAGCCACAUCCUACAAAUAUGUAAGGACAAUGAAUAACAGCUGAAACACAUGCCAUACGUUUAGUUUAGGGAAUGACAAAGUUUGCUGAAGAGCCGCAUGAAACUGGGAAAAGAGCCGCAUGAGGCUCGGGAGCCACGGAUUGGCCAGGCCUAUCUUAGCGUGUCGGUGGUGUCUGUCAAUACAUCCAAGUACUCUCAGGACAUUUUAAGAAACCUCAUUCAAUCCAGUGAUCCAUCACUGUCCAUCACUGUGUGAUCAGGCUCAGAGGUAACCUGUGCUCCAGAUCUGGACUGAUGCGGUCUUCGUCAGUAAAGGUGGCGCCCCCUCACAGCCAACACACACCAGUGUGUGAUCUAUUACACCCUGAUCAGAUUAAAGCAGAUGAGUGAGGUCUUAUUUGGAUGUGGUCUUGACCAUCGUUUCAGCGCUUUUCAACUUUUAAAAGUCCAGUGGUUUGUGUUGCUCCAUAGCUGAGCUGACACUAUUACAACAUUGGUAAUUUGCUCAGAUAGAUCCCUAAAUAAUUGUUUCUGUUAUAGUUAGUGCGUCAGGACUGUUGAAGGUCGACACGUGCGCUGGGAUGUGUGAGUCAAAACACCACAGUCGGUCUAGCAGGACGGUGUGUGUCUCGCCCUCUGCUGACCAGACUCCGUCCCUACAGACCACUCCUCAAAAGGAGAAAAAACAGAAGAGAGGAACAUAAUUUCUCCGCAGCCCUGACCUGCAAGUUGGAUUGUUUGUCCUGCAUGUGUCACGAAAGACGUGCGCGAUUCCGAUUCAUUUCCAAAAGUGUAAAUGCUGUCGUAUGUGUGCGUUUCUAUGUGUAGAUGUGUCAGUGCGUUCCAAACUUGAUUCGACAUAGGGAAUGCCCCGGUGGCUGUGCAUGUGUGUUAUAUUUUUUUAUGACGACAAGAGCAAUUCCGGGUUGCAUUUCAAAAUAAAAACGACAUUUUGUCGCUUAUUUAGUUUAUACUGCGUGUGUUGUCUGUUUCAUAUUCAUCGCGCACCUUUUUUCCCUUUCUUUCUUUAUUUGAGUAUAUCUCAUUCUUACAUUGUUUAUUUUCAGCAUUUUAAUCUGGGAUUGUUUUGCUUUUCACUGCGGCUUAAACUAGCAUUUAAAGCGAGUGUAAAAUCUGAAUUGUUUCCCUGUUCUAUGCAGUUCAGGUGUGUCAUGAACAAGGUCACGUAUAUCCCGUGUGAAACUGGUGAGGAGUUGGGGUCAUCCAUGAGAGACUUGGAGCACAGCAAAAGAAGCCUCCAAAUCUGCUCCACGCUCAUGGAGACUGUCUCUUGACACAAAAGACACACUGUUUUCUGCACACAUUUCACAUACCCAUUCUCUGUACCAUCGCAUUCAAUUGCCAUUUUGUCUGCAUUUUUUCUCUCCCUGAUUUAGGAUUAAUCUUAAAGCUAUCUCUAUUUCUUGGGCAACAGUUAACAGUUGCACGCGUUGUACAGUCUAGGUUUUGCUUAAUGUGCAAACCAUGUAUAUCUCGAGUUCCUGUGGGGCCCCUGGUCGUGAGUUUGACAUUCUGAAAGAAAAGGUGGGAGUCAAAUUACAUUUUUGAAAUUAUGAUUUGUUUUUAAAUGAAAGAGCGGUUUGUAAUCGGCCCAUAUUUACUGAACUUCCUUUUACGGAAUAUUCCUUUUGAAAGCAGACUCCUGUCGCGGGUUGUGCUUUUAUUUUGAAGAAUGCAUUUCCGAAGCUGCUUCCCGCCAACUUGACUCUCGCUUCUGCGCGCAGCUUCACGCUGGAGAGCAGCAGCCCUUUUAAAGCCCCUCCACGGUGAUGCGGCUGUGAGGAUCCGAGGAGCUCCCGGCAGAGGGUCCCUGGCUGACGCAGUUUCUCCUGCUUGACACCGGACCGGCGACAUGUCCAACCGCAAGCACCGGGACAACCAAGAGGUCUGCUCCCGCAAGGUCCGGGAGCUGGCCCAGUCCGGAGUAAACAAACACUGCUUCGAGUGCAGCCAGCCCGGGGUGACGUACACCGACAUCACCGUGGGCAGCUUCGUUUGCACCUCCUGCUCCGGAAUGCUGAGAGGACUCAACCCCCCUCAUAGGGUCAAGUCCAUCUCCAUGACAACCUUCUCCCAACAAGAAGUGGAAUUCCUCCAAAACCAUGGCAAUGAGAUCGGGAGACGGACCUGGUUGUGCGUGUUCGAUCCAAAGGCGGACGGGUGCGGCGACAUGAAGGAUUCACAGAAGUUUAAAGAGUUUCUCCAGGACAAAUACGAGAAGAAGAAAUGGCACUUUUCCAAAAGCAAAAACCGCCGAGAUUUCGAAGGCCCCUGGAGCCCAGGAGUUCAGGCUGUGCCCACUGCUCAUGGUCCUCUCACCAACCAAGCCUCAUCCCACAACCUUCCUCCUAACAGCAGGAAUACGAGGACACUGUCUCAGUCCCAGUUGCCUUUGUGGGACAGAAACCCCACCAUCUCACCUGCCGACAUGCGGACGGACGUGUUCACUGCCCGUUCUCGAUCGUGCUCUCAGAGCUUCAGAGACGCUCCUCUUAAAGAUCAGACCAUUUGUGGGAUAGAGAGGCAGAGACCAGGUUCCCUGACCUCGUCACUGGGGGGUUCCGGCCACCCACCCUCCUUCCCUGCCCUCCCUCGCCCUUCAGCCAGUAGCUCUUUCAAAAACCACUUCACUUUAGGCCGUACAGUCUCCGCUUCAGGGACCUCCGGACCCUUCAGAGCAUUCCCCAAAUCUAUCAGUGUGGACUUUGGAGGACUGAACCGUGCGCAGCAGCCCACUCUGCCUCAGUCUCUGUCACAGCCCCAGCAGCAGCCUGGCGGCGCUCAGUCGGCGGCACCAGUCACUUGCACCAAUAAUCAGGACCGCUACGCUGCAGUCUCCCACCUGGACAGCGUCUUCUCUGAUACACAGUCAACUGCAGCGCCGCCUGGUGGUCCGCCGCAGUAUAGUACCCUCUUUGGAAACAGGCUCUCAUCCAGCUCCACUCCUGCCAGCUCCCCUGGUGUCGACACAUCGAGCUCGCAGACCUUUACUAAUUUCCCAAACCCCUUCAGCUCCAGCUCUGUUUCCCAGCAGUCCAUCGCCCUGUCCCCUAGUAACCCCUUCAGCAGCGCCUCAGGAGGGGAGUCAGGCCCAUUGGUCACCUCGCCCACCUCCGUUUUCCCAACGUCCACGUCGUUCACAGCGCCCACCACCCAGAGUGCAUUUCCCCAGGAGUCAGCUUUUGACCAGGAAGCCAACGGCUUUGGCUCCUUCCCUGCUCCUGAUUCUCUGCCUAAAGUCCCUCGGCCAAUGUCGGUGAACCCGUUUACAGGGAAUGUUUACCCGAGUCGAGGGACGUCACGGAACCCUUUCAUCUGAUUCCCCUUUCCCUGCCGCCCCCACACAUAUCCAUCUCUGGGAACUCUGAAAGAAGUGAACUUGAGGAGCCACUGCCAUUUCAAUGCCUCUCUGAAGUAUUUUCAACCUCUUAGGGAGGGGUCAGACGCCCAUGCAGCCCCAGAAACCCCAUCCCCAUUUCUGUCUGUGUCAGAUUAUCUGUUUGGGUUUUGAAGAGAAAGGUGGCAUGAACAAUUUCAAUAACAGGUUUUCAUAGAGUCUGCCUGGUGUUUAACAGUUGUCCGUGUGCCAGUAGAUGCCACCUCAGGGCUCAAGUGAGAGUCGCGAGUGCAAAACGCCUAAAUGGUUUUUUGCAGAUGUUUCAUCCAAGUCCCUGCUGCUACUUCUGCCACUGCUUUCAUCUUCCUGCUUUCAAGUGCAAACAAGCAGCUGGUCUUUAAAUACAUCAGCAAUGUCUUCUGCCUUUUACACAUCCAAAGGGAAAAGUCGGUUCGUAACUUGACCCUGUUUCUGCAUCAGUCAUUUUCAGAUGUGUGCUACAACCCAAACAGCUCUGUGAUGCAAUACACAGGUAUUUGGUCACGAGUAUGUGUGUGUGUUUGCAGUUGAAUCUGUCUACUCUCAGGCUGAAUGAGCUUAGAGGGCUAAAAGGAGAUGCUACUGAAUGUAAGAGAAAAAAAAGCUACUUAUUAAUAACUGUUGUGUCUAAGAAAUGUAUUUGCUUUCUGUACUGGACCAAAUAUUUUGUUUGACUUUGGGAGACUAGAGAUCUAUUCCCCUCAUUUUGCCAAAAAUACCAGAGUGUUCCAUGUUACGUUUUUUUAUUGUCAAGUAUGUCACGUUCAUAAACACUUCGUUGCUUC